UCUCGAAGCUCUCAAAAUCUUAUAUAUAAAUAUUUUGCGAGAACCCCCUUACGGUUCUCAAAAUUGCGUCGCAGUCCCUGCUUUUUAUGGGCAGAGGCCCAACUACGGCGGCGAACUUGCAAGACUACGCGCGGCUCGCGUCGGAGAGGAUCAGGGCGGCUAGGGUUUCGAAGCCGGCGCUGAGAUCCCUUGAUUUGUCUGCUAGGGUUUCGAUCCCUUCAAAGCGGAGGGGCAUGGAGGAGAGCCAGGGGCGGCUUCCGUUGUCGGAGGUGGUGGCUGAUUGCGUGAAGAGGUGGUUUCAGGAUACGCUUAAAGAGGCCAGGAAUGGGGACACCUCCAUGCAGGUGCUCGUCGGCCAGAUGUAUCACAGCGGGUAUGGGAUUCCCAGAAACGAGCAAAAGGCGAAGGCUUGGCUGACAAAAGCAUCAAGGUAUCGAUCCUCUGUGUGGAAAGUCGGUGAUAAGCGACCAGGUUAUAAUGCCAGUGACUCAGACUCUGAUAAGGAGGAUGGUGCAAAAUCAUGACAGAUGCAACGGUCGACAUACAGGACAAUAGAUGUUCACUUGGCUCAGCAGUUUGGAUCAACUGAUUUUGCUCCUGUACACUUUUGAUUACUCUUGCUCCAUCAUAUUUAUUGUUACAUUUUCAAUUUGUAUUCUAACAUUAUGCAGUCAUGAGCAGAACUCAAAAAACUCCCAAUUUUAUUAUGAUCCAUCCUUUUUUUGGUAUAA